AUGGCGAUGAUUAUGAGAUUAUUCACGGCAUUCGGCCCUCCGAAAGUUGAAAAGAAAAACGAUGCUAUCCAUUUUGGCAUCCUAGGGGCGGCCCAGAUUGCACCUCUUGCAUUGAUCACACCCGCCCUCUCACAUCCCGAGGUUAUUGUACAAGCGGUCGCUGCUAGAGACUAUUCUCGGGCCUUAACAUUCGCCAAAAAGCACAACAUCCCCGAUGUUCGCACAUCCUAUGAUGAAAUCCUCGAAGACCCCAAGAUAGACGCAGUCUUCAUCCCUUUGCCCAACAGUUUGCAUUAUGAGUGGGCCGUGCGCGCCAUUCGCGCCGGCAAGCACGUCCUUCUGGAGAAGCCAUCCACCUCUAACGCCAUUGAGGCCCAGAUUCUCUUCAACUUACCUGAACUGUCACAGUCCAAUCCCCCCGUAUUACUAGAGGCCUUUCACAACCGAUUCCAUCCCGCAGUCCAGAAGUUCCGGACCUUCAUCACCCCUGCCGAGGUUGUUCACGUUCACACAGACUCUAUGAUCCCAUGGUUGAUCCUCGACAAGGAUAACAUCGCCUUCAACUACAGACUCGCCGGCGGGAGUAUGAUGAUGCUAGGUACAUACAACUUCAGCAUCAUCCGCAUGAUCUUCGACGACGACCCUGUAGAAUGUCUAACCUGCGAACCUGGCAUUUUUGGCGACGGCAUCCACGACCAAUGCGACACUAACUUUAAAGCCACAUUUCGGUUCCCGAACGGCGGUAUCGCGGAAGCGUCCACCACUAUGCGUGGGUCUAUCUUAUGGAAGCCGUCCGAGGCCCGCGUCACCCACAAGGAAGUCCUUAUGGACGACCAGUCCCUUCCGGGUACACAGGAGAAGCUACGCACCCGGGUUGUGACUCUGCAUGGUUUUAUACACGCCUUUAUCUGGCACCGCAUUGAUGUUAAGGAUACUUUCUCCAUUCGUAACAAGCGUGAUCGCAUACUGGUCAACACUUGGACUGAGUUCAAGUCGCACAAGGCUUAUAGUUACAAGGAGGCCGGAGAUAAGUUUGAGAACCUCCCAGGUGAGGACUGGUGGAUGUCAUAUCGGUACCAGCUUGAAGAGUUUGUGAAUCGUGUUAAGGGGCGUUCCACGCAAUAUUGGGUUGGGGGUCAAGAUUCAUGGGUUCAGAUGAAAAUGAUUGACAUGGCGUAUGAGAAGAGCGGGUUGGGAUUGCGGCCAACAAGUGACUUUCGAUGA